AUGAUUACUGCGGAAGAAUUGCCACGAACACAUCAAUACGACUACUACCGCGAGCAGGCUCACGGUCGUGCAGACGAUCAUGCCCACGGUCGAGUAUCGCCACAGGAAACAACAGGCCUUCCUUCUCAGUCUCUGAUAGAAAAUGACUCUAAACGGUGUCCCCAACAUGAUGUCCCCAGGAGAGAUGUUGGCGAUUCGACCGGCGCAUUCAUGAUGGAACCCCUGGAUGCAGAGAGCCGACACGCCUCUGAUCAACCAAACCAGGCCCGCGCUUGCGUGAAGAAAUCCAAGCGAAAUAACACAAAGUACAGAAUCAAGCUGAUUGCAGGUUUGGUGCUGCCGUAUUUCCUCGCCUCAUUGGACUUGACCGUCGUCGCGACAGCAUUUCCUUUUAUAGCGUCCCAUUUCGACAAGUUCGACGAGCACAACUGGAUAGUCACUGCCUACACGCUCACUUCAACGGCCUUCAUUCCUUUCUAUGGCCAGAUUGCAGAUGUCUUUGGUCGGCACGUUUCGUUACAGGUGGCUCUUUUCUUUACAGUAAUCGGGAGUGUGCUUUGUGCCGCUGCUCAGUCCUGGAGCAUGCUCCUGCUGGGCCGCGCGUUGCAGGGGCUGUCCUCGGCUGGAUUGAGCAGCAUCAUUCUUGUCAUCUUGGCUGAUAAAGUCACGCUGGAAGAGAACGCAAAGAAUAACACUCUCUUCACAAUCGUGUCAGGCAGCACGUAUGCCAUAGGUCCGCUGAUUGGCGGGUAA